GAUAGCUAUAUGUCUCCGUCAAGAUGAUGCUUGAGGUGGGCUGGAAGCGGAAAUCGUCAUCCUUGAAUAUCAUGCCUAUGAUAUUAAAGCCCUGACGAGCUCGUGUAAUCUGAUCCCACGAUAACAAGAAGUCGGCAUAGUCGUCUGCCAUAUCAGUUCCCUACACCAACACCUGCACAGCUUUCCAUCAUGCCCCUAGUGACAAAUCCCAUCCUCCCCGGUUUCAACGCCGACCCUUCGAUCCUCCGGGUCGGCGAGGACUACUACAUCGCCACGUCGACGUUCGAGUGGUACCCCGGAGUUCAGAUCCACCAUUCCCGGGACUUGGCAAACUGGACGCUGGUCACCCGUCCGCUCAACCGGAAGAGCCAGCUGGACAUUCGCGGCAAUCCGGACAGCUGCGGAGUUUGGGCCCCUUGCCUGACUCACGAUGGCGAGAAGUUCUGGCUCGUGUACACCGAUGUGAAACGCAAAGACGGCUCAUUCAAGGACACUCACAACUAUAUUGUCUCUUCUCCCAGCAUAGAGGGCCCCUGGUCCGAUCCCGUCUUUGCUAAUUCGUCUGGUUUCGACCCGUCUCUGUUCCACGAUGACGACGGAAGGAAAUGGUUCGUCAACAUGCUAGCAGACUAUCGCGGUCGACCUCGGACGUUCGCCGGAAUCGUAUUGCAAGAGUUCGACCCCGCCGCCGGGAAACUGAUCGGGCCACGGAAAAACAUCUUCUUUGGCACAGACUUAGAUUUAGUAGAGGGGCCUCACCUUUACAAGAGACAUGACUGGUAUUACUUGCUUACCGCAGAGGGAGGUACAGGGUAUUACCAUGCCUGCACACUCGCCCGUUCGCGUGACAUUUGGGGUCCCUAUACCGUACACCCUGAUAAACACAUAUUGUCCUCGAAGAAUCACCCGCAUGCCGCCUUGCAGAGAGCUGGCCAUGGCGACAUCGUUGAGACGCUGGAUGGCAAGACAUAUUUAGUCCAUCUAACUGGUCGUCCGACAACCCAAGAGCGCCGCUGCGUAUUAGGUCGUGAGACGGCGAUUCAAGAGGCAUAUUGGGAGGAUGACUGGCUCUAUGUCAAGAACGGACCGGUUCCUUCGUUACAUGUAGAGUUACCAGGUGCACGGGACGAGAAACAGUACUGGGCCGAGCGAAAAUACGCAUUCGGCGAUGAAUUGCACAAGGAUUUCCAAUGGCUCCGGACGCCAGAACCGGAGCGCAUAUUUGCUCUCGAGGAUGGUAAACUUACUUUAUUCGGGCGCGAGUCCAUCGGCUCGUGGUUCGAGCAGUCUCUGGUAGCUCGGCGACAAGAACAUUUCUCCUAUGAUGCCGAGACCGUUGUAGACUUUUCGCCCGAAGAUGAGCGGCAGUUCGCCGGACUCACGGCCUACUACAGCCGAUUCAACUUUUUCUACCUGACCGUGACGGCGCACUCAGACGGACAGCGCGAGCUCCUCAUCAUGUCGUCCGAAGCGUCCUGGCCGCUUGGGAAACUCAAGCUCCCUUUCUCCGAGCCUAGGAGAAUCCCUAACGAGGGGAAAGUCAAGUUAGCCGUCACGGUCCGCGGCCGCGAUUUGCAAUUCUGGUACGCUCUUGAGAGUGAUCCGGAACUGCAGAAAAUCGGACCUGUGUUCGAUGCAUCGAUUGUCUCCGACGAAUGUGGCGGGCACCAGGUCCAUGGCAGUUUUACGGGUGCGUUUGCAGGUGUCGCCUGUUCUGACUUGAAUGGAACCGCACUAGCCGCUAAGUUUGACUACUUCGUCUAUCGACCUGUCACGCAUCAUACAGACAGAUAUACCAUUUAAACUUUCAUUACUACUAGCGGAGAAAUAAAUCCUGGGUGGACAAGGCCAGUACGACACCCCAAAAAAAUAAUGAUUUGUUCUAUGGGACAAAUGACAGGGUCAUGUUGCAUUACCCCUUUUUCAACAGUAAUGAACCCAAAAUGUGCGUGAUGUAGAAAACCGGCAAUCUAAUAACUAUAUUAUCGUUUCAUUGCCUUAUAAGGGCGGCCGUGUCUUUCGCGAUGUGUUUGCUCUUGAGAAAAAAGAAAUCAAAUGAACAUAUGUUACCAAGAUAAAUCGAGGAUACCGAUAACGC